CACCCCGGCGGAACUCUUUCGGCGAGGGACGCGCGGCCGGAAGCGGCGGACUAGUGGAUUUCCGGCGCCCUCCCGCCUCGCCGCCCCAUGGCCGCGUCCGUGGAUUUCAAAACCUAUGUGGAUCAAGCUUGUAGAGCUGCAGAUGAAUUUGUCAACAUUUACUAUGAGACAAUGGACAAAAGAAGAAGGGCUUUAACCAGACUGUAUUUGGACAAAGCAACAUUAGUUUGGAAUGGUAAUGCUGUGUCUGGACAAGAAGAACUAAAUAAGUUUUUUGAAAUGUUGCCAUCAAGUGAAUUCCAGGUUAAUGUGUUGGACUGCCAGCCUGUUCACGAGCAAGCUACUCAAGGCCAGACAACAGUCCUCGUGGUGACAAGUGGGACUGUCAAAUUUGAUGGGGAUAAGCAGCGCUACUUCAAUCAGAACUUCCUGCUGACGGCACAGGCCACCCCCACCAACACCGUGUGGAAGAUCGCCGGGGACUGCUUCCGCUUCCAGGACUGGGCCAGUUAGCAGGGCCUGGUACAGGGAGUGACCUCUCAUUUGGCACCAACAAAUUUGGCACCACUGUGCAGGCAGCUGUUCCCAUGCAGGGAAUGCACGUGCUCUUUGUGUUGCAUCUGAUGUUAUGGACGGUCUACAGAUGUUUCGGGAUUGAUUCCAGUGACCACAGCUUUAGUAAUAAAAUGUGAGAGGUUGCUCGUGUUAGUUGAAUUUAGUAAAGUGCUGAAGGCAGUGAGCUGUAUUCGAAUCAUUCCUAAAAUGCCUUACAUGCAGCUAUGCUGCCACUGCUGAGUGCUCAAACUGUUCUGUUUGAACACAAAAUCCUAUUUUGAAUACAGAAUAAUACAAUUCUGACCAAACAUAAUUUUUUUCAACUGGAAAAGAUCUGUUUUUACAGUAGCAUCUUCUCUCUUUUGAAGAAGAUGCUUGUGGCAUGAAGAUGUAGUUUUGAAAGCUCCCUACUCCUGGUUGUAAGAGGGUGGGAAAGAUUGCUAUAGUUUCUACUGUUAGUGAAAGGAGCAAAUACAGCUCCGAAGUUUGCAAUCUCUCAGUCCAUUGGAAAGGUAAUGUUUACCUUCUCUGAUGCCAAAGGACUAUAUAUCUUUGAGUUUCCUUUUGGUCUGAGCUUCCCAGACUUUGGUUGUUAAUUCCAUGGAUUCAUAUGUAGGGCAUGCUGAAUGAUUCGGAGCUCCUGUGCCAAUAACUCUUCACAUGCAUGUGAAGGACUUCAAACUGAUUAUUUUUCUUUUGAAGUCUUACCAUGGCCUAGAAACAGGUCAUGUACAUGAUUUCUGUUGGCUUUAAUUCUGCAUUCUGUUGCUAUGAGGUUUGGAUUAUUUUUCCCAUAUUAAGUCUGCAGAUUUUCUUUCUGUCUUUUCAGGAAAUGUAGUUAAAAAGUGACACUGAAAGUGUGCAUUACUGUGAAGCCUUCAAUUUUUCUCAUCAGUACUGUUAUUCAGAACAGGUGCUUGCAUUAUUUUCAAUUGAGGACAGCAGCUCUGCACCACUAACAUUAUCUUCCUCUCAUGAAAAUUUUUUACUGUAUUUUUCAUGUUCUUUUUAAACAUUGCCUUUAAUUACUGAUUCUGGGGCUUUUGUGUGUCUUGCUUUAAAGUGUAGUUCAAAGCUUCCAGCUGCUUUGAAACACUUUUCAAGACUGUAAGUUAAGAGAGUCCAUCUUAACUUUGGAACUUAAGAGCAAAUUUGAGUAUUAGCAGCUUUGUUUCAAACUGGUGCAUUUCUGUUUUGCUGAGUAAAACAAAAAAAGAAACAAAACACAAAAUGUAGCUGUAUAGCUGUAGCUGUAUCCCUGAGCAUACACUUUUCAGUUACUUGCUUGUAACUGAAUAUACAAGAAGGGAGCUUGUAACUCUUAUCGUAACCCAUGUUUCAAUGACAACAGCAGUCUGAAAGCAAUUACAACUGCAGCUCACUUAUUCAGUGACUUAAAUGGAGAAAACUGUGAAAAUGAGCAAUAUCUCACUUGUGACAUCUUAAAGCAUCUGUAUUUUGUGAUGUAAUCCCACAGAACAGAUAAGGGUUUUCAGGCCCUCUAGUCUUCAAGUAGUAAGUUAGAAUUAGUAACCUGUCUCUGUUCAGAGGCUGUUUAUGGUCAGAAACAUUCUGUACCUAUUUUUCAGGCUGAAGAAUUUUAAUUCCUGCAGAAUAGUGCAAGAGCAGAAUUUUUGAAAACUGUAAAUAUUGUAAAUACAUUGUUAUUUCUGUAUGUAGUGAAGAAAAGGUCAUUCUAUUUAAUUACUGUUUGUUCUUAAGAGAUUAUGUGAUGUUCAUAUAUUUGUAUUUCUUCUACAAGAUUGAAAAGAAAACAUAACCUAAGCAUGCCUGUGACUGGUACAGCAUUGUUGAGCUGUGACACUGGCGUGGUGUAUUCUACUGGCUGUUUAACUUGCUGUUGAUUGUGUAAGUGGUGUUACAGAUCUGCUUUGCAUACACAAAACAGGUUUUGCCUUUUAAAAUGCAGCAAUGGGUGCAGCUGUGGCAUUGGCUUAUUGGACUUUGAAGGCGGUCACCAGAACACACACUUAUAUCAGUACCUGAUAAGCUUGUGCUGUGAAUAAAUAGUUAUUGGAUAUUUUAAUCCAAGUUUGAAUUUAUAUAAUAAUUUUUAAGCUUUUACUACGCAGACUCGAAAAGAAGAUUCAAAAUAUAUGAGGCAAUGUUUCAGUCAAUCAGAUGUUAUUCUCAAUUAUUUUAAUGCUAUUUAAAAUGCAAGCUGCUUUUAAAUCUGACUUAUGCAAUUAAUAUUAAAAAAACUGACCAAACAAAAAACCCCACCACUACCUGGAACAUGAUUGAGGAAGAUAACUAACUGGCCUAGCUGGACAAAUCCAGUCAAAACUCUUACUUAGUAAGAUCUGCAGAUAGAGUAGGACUUGGUAUGCAAAACCUGGGGGUUUUGUAGGGAAGCUUACUGGAACGCAAUUGCUUCAGGCUAGGGUGAGGUGCGAGUUACUCCUGCCUAUUUCCAUCAUCUUCAAUGAGAAUCACUUGGGGUGAUCCAGUACUACCAUAAUUAGCUCUUGCUCUUUAUAACUGAAAAUGCUGGUUUGCAAAAUAUUUUUAUUUAUUAUACUGAAUGACAAUGUAGCUAUUAGACUCAAGUGGUGGUUUUACAAUGGAGUAACUAAUGGCACAAACAAAAAAUAUUUGUUACUAGCUCUGUGCUGCUUGUUAAUAUUCUGUGCUGAAAUUAGCAGAAAACACAAAAAUGUUUCCAUUUCAUUCUGUACAAACCCAUCCAGCUGGUUUAGUGUGACCAUUGACGACUCUACUGCAAUAUCCAAAAUUUACAGUGGGCAUCUAUAAAAUGAGUGUUUGUGCUCCAAACACUGAACUGGAGUUAAUGCUUCCACUUUUUUUUUAUUCAAGACCAAAUUAUCCCUGUACAACCAGUCAGUGAAACAAAGCCAGCUGAAGAGCUAAGCACUUCCACGUAUGAAAUUGUAGCAAGUGAAGACUUGAGAGAUCUUCUCUUGUGUAUGUUCCCUCUGUUGUCUAUAGCCAUCACUGCUUUUCUGUUGCUUUGUUCUUUUAGCAUACUACAGUUAAAUUGAUUUAAAAUGCCUAUGUUGGAGAAAAGGGAUUUGUUCUGAUGGUAUGAAUAGUUUGUUCUGAUAUGCCUGUGCUUCCUUAACCUGUCUGGAGAAAAGCACAUUAUAAAGAAAUGCUGUUUUACCAGUAAAAUAACUUUCCACACUUGAAUAUAUUUUGUAUGUUUUUGAAAUUGUUUAAGACCUCUUGUAAGAUUAAUUUAAAAAAACUAAAACAAAACAAAAAAACCCACCAAACUCCCCCAAAACCUACUGGGUAUUCUACCUUUUUUUUUUUUUUUUUGUAUUAUUACUAUUAUUAUAAAUUUUCAUAGCCUGUUCUUAUGAUAUUAAAAGUGCAAGAAAUAAUUU